CUUCGGUAUAAAACCGAUAACCGCACCGAAUAAUUGGUUAACCGAAUUUUCGGUUAUCUAUUAUUUGGUGUCAUUUUCGGUUUUUGGUUUUCCUAACCGAAUUGAAAAAAAUACCGAACGGUAGAAACCGAAUUUUCGGUUUAUACCGAACGCCCACCCCUAGGCAGAACCUCAACCUGCAGUUGCUUGCAGUUCACUUAUCCCAGCUUCAACACAGGCAACAGGGAUGAUUUCAGCUUCAGCCCGGGCUCAGCAAUCUCAAACAACUCCCUGCAGAUCACGCCGAGCAAUGGGAACAUGAGCCACAAGUCGGGGAGAGUGGUGUACGCCAAGGAGACCCUUAAGCUGUGGAACGCCAAGCGCACGGCGCUCACCUCCUUCCGGACGGAGUUCGUGCUCAACAUCAUCCCGCAGGGCGGCGGCCUGAAUGGGAGCGGCACCGGAGAAGGCAUGGCCUUCUUCCUCACCAACAAUCCUUCGUUGCCCAGCGACAGCAGCGGGCAGUGGCUCCGCCUGACCAACAACAAGACCGACGGCGCGCCGGCGAACCGGAUCGUCGCGGUGGAGUUCGACACGCGGAGGAGCUUCGAGGCCGAGAUGGACGGCAACCACGUCGGCCUCGACCUCAACAGCGUCAGGUCCGUCGGGCAGUCCCCUCUUAGCAACCUCUCCUUGGAUCUCUCCAGCGGGUCAGACUUGAAGGUCACGCUCGCGUACGACGGCGCGGUUUUGAGCACCGACGUGCUGCAGAUGGGGAGGAUCUUCUCCAACGACCUGUACAUCGACCUGUCGCGGUAUCUGCUGGACAACAUCUCCGUGGGUUUCGCGGCUUCCACCGGCGAGUUCGCGGAGCUGAACCAGGUCAAGUCUUGGAAUUUUACCACGUACGACAACGCGACGGCCGGAGAUGACGGGGGGUAUGUGAGGAGGCGCCAGAAGCUGUUUCUCGCCGUGUUGAUCCCGCUCACCGUAGGCGUGAUGCUCAUGGCCUUGUUCGUCUGGUGGAGGCUGACGCGGCAGGCGAGGCUGGCGUACCGCAACCUCGAGAAGAUGAUCGAUGCCCAUGGCCCCGUCAGGUUUAAGCUCAGGGAGCUCAGGAACGCGACCAGGGACUUCGGCGAUGGCCGUAAGCACGGCCGAGGCGGCUCCGGCACCGUUCUUACGCACCGGGGUCGCGUUAUCCUGGCGCUUGGGCAUAGUUCUAUGGAUGAGCUCCGAGGCGGCGUUCCCAAGGAGUGCGAGCACGGCCGCGCCUGCGCCGCUCCGUCGGACGACCACAUAUGCCCACAUGUAUCUGUCCUUAUCUGGAGUCUGGACAAGCAGCAGACGCCUGGAACAACGGACCGGGGUGCUGAAGCUCCGCUGAAUGAUUUCGCCGUUUACCUCGGGUAUCUGAGGAGGAUGGGCAUGGAAGUGGCCGUGAAGCGGGUGUCUACGAACGUCAACUCCAACCGCGGCGAUAAGGAGUUCGUGGCGGAGGUGAACACUAUCAGCAAGCUCUCGCACCGGAACCUCGUGAAGCUGAUCGGCUGGUGCCACAAGAAGGGCGAGCUGCUUCUCGUCUACGAGUACUUUCCCAUGGGCAGCCUCGACAAGCUCCUUUACGCCAGAGAAAGAACAGCGUCGUCGUCGUCCAUGUCGUCAUCGACGGACACCCCGGAGCUCACAUGGGAGCGGCGGUACAAGAUCAUCCACGGCGUGGCGUCUGCGCUGGAUUACCUUCACCACGGGAGCAGCAAGCGGAUCCUGCACAGGGAUGUCAAGGCCAGCAACGUGAUGCUGGACACCGAGUACAACGCGCGGCUGGGGCAUUUUGGCCUCGCCCGUGUCAUCCAGCACGACGGCGUCACGCACCACUCCACGCAGGUCGUGGCCGGAACCCGCGGCUACAUGGCAUACGAGAGCUUCUUCACCGGCCGCGCCAGCCUUGACACGGACGUGUACGCGUUCUGGGUCUUCGUCAUGGAGGUUGUCAGCGGGCGGAUCCCCAGUGUUAGACUGUAUAUAUACGUAGCCUCUAUAUAUCUGUUGUAACAUUGUAUUGUACCUCUUGGUACUUUUAUAUAAUAAGAUAGCCACACUCCGUUUAGGGUGUCGAA